AGUCCCACUUUUAAUCUUGAUUAUCAAUAGACCACGGAACUCCGUCGCUGCCACACGUUAAAUAACAGAAACCAUAAUUUGAUUGUGAAGAAAUACCAAAGUUCUCCGGAUCCUACAGUCUUAUCAUACAAUCAAGCAUUUAGAACAAUCUGUGCCGGGCAUGGAACCAAAGCAAACCUCCAACGAAAGGUUCACGUGCAGUAUUUGUGGAAAGGAUAGCGGGAAUAGUUAGCCGCCUCUCGUCAAGUUUACAAGAAAUACUAAUGGUAUAAUAUAGGAAAAUCUCAGCUCCGUCAUAUAUCUUAUUGUCGAAGAGUUAAGGCUCAAGGCGGUGUAAAAUCGAGAAAGCGCUCGUGUGUGGCCUGUACUAAGGCUAAAACUCAGUGCGAUUUACGUCAAAGUUGCUCGCGAUGCACAACAAGGAACCUUAGCUGCGUUUAUGAGGGACCACGAACCUUGGAGACUAAUGUACCGGAGCCAGUAGCUGGAAGGCUCUUGGAAAAUGGCACAAAUCAGGGUGGAGAUGUGCCGUUGAUCUCAUCUUCAUCGGACGUUGCUACGUCGGCAUUGAUGGAUGUAUAUGAAACAGCCAUCACUCCGUACCCACUGCAAAGUUCAGAUUGCAACAUUCAGGAUAUUUUAUCACUAGAUUUACCAGGAGGAAAUUGGGAUUUGCAGUUUUCGGAGUUCCUCCCAGAGCAUACAGGAUUUCCAUUUCUCGGAAGCGCCCCUUAUUCUGUACAAUCUUCCCCGCGGCUUCUUCAGACAGGGCCGAGCCCAGUUUCCACAAACUUUCACGUCGGAGAUAACUUGCCAUACUAUAGAAUGUACAACCAACCAGUCCCAAAAGCUCCAAUAGCAUUCGCACCGCGCAAAUCACACAAGAGUCAAUUCUCACUAAACAGGAAUUACAUACUAUGUACUCUGCCAACUUAUCCGUCAAUGAUGCUUUCUAACAACAGCGAUAUUCCUCCACCAUUCAUUCAUCCUCAUUUCAACGAUCGCAAAGCGCUUUCCGGAGCUUUGGGUAUAUGCGCUAACCUGGUCCGUUGGACAAGUCACAAGACAGAGGACAAUGCUGUACAUAUCUGGCGAUGUAUUAGGAUGGAGAUUGAUAGGCUCUGUGCCGAGGUUUGUUACCCGUCUUAUCUAUACUUCGCAGGAGUUUUACGAUAACGGUGACAGUAUCCGACAUACAAUGAAGAAGAUGCUGUAGCUGCCCUCCAAGCAAUGACAGUAUAUUUUCUUCUUCGCCUCUCGGAAGGUAAUGAGGACGCGACGAAUUUUGAUGCUCCCUUAAUUCAUACAAUGAUUGUAAGAGAUUUCGAUUUCACUUCCUAUACUUUUAUGGGUUUGUGCCGUGAGCUUAUGAUGAGACAAUAGAAAGUUGCGACGCAAGUUAUUAACCUAUCGAAUAACCUCUGCAAUGACAGCAUAUCUUCAUGGAAACAAUGGGUUUUAGCCGAGUCUCUACGCCGGUAAGCAGGUCACUCAGCCCUAGCGUCGUAUAAAUCUACCAUUCUAGAAGAACAACCGACUAACCUUCCCUACUAUGACCCAGCACAAUAAUAAUCAUCUUCUUCAUUGAUCUCUUCUUUGAUCUCUCUUCCGGAAUUCCAGACUACCGAUGCGAUGGAAGCAAUCUAAUGGCCAUGGCGCUUCCCUGUUCACGCAAACUGUGGAGAGCGACUACAAACGAAGCGUGGGAAAACGAGUAUUUAAGUACAAUGAAAGACAAACCGCUCACAUAUGGAAAUUUAAGAAAUUAUCAAUCUAGACCUGAGAAUCACGUACUUGAUGAGUGGUUAUCACAGUUGGAUGAAUUUGGAAUGCUGGUAUUGUCUGCGGCGAAUUCAGCUUCGUGAGUUGAGUAAGUGCAUCGGUGGUGGCUGUGUGGAACACUAGACUAGAGACAAUUAAUUAAAUAUACUGAAA